AUGACUAACCAUAAUGCCUUAAUCUCCGAUGCAAAAGCCAGCAUCGGUGUAGCGGUUAGAGUUCCAAACCAAUCUCUCUUUUCUCCCGGCGGUGGCCGUUACAUCAGCAUUCCCCGUAAGAAACUUGUGCAAAAACUUGAGGCCGACCCAAGUCAAACCAGGAUCAAUACUUGGAUCGAAGCCAUGAGGGCUUCUUCCCCUACCAGGACCCGACCAGGGAACAUAUCUUCCCUACCGGAGUCCAAGGAGGAUGAACACUCUUCUUGGAUGGCUCAACACCCGUCAGCUUUAAGCAUGUUUGAAGAAAUCGCUGAAGCUUCGAAAGGGAAACAAAUUAUCAUGUUUCUUGAUUAUGACGGUACAUUAUCUCCCAUUGUAGAAGACCCGGAACGAGCUUACAUGUCUGACGAGAUGAGAAAUGCGGUAAAAGGCGUGGCUAAAUAUUUCCCGACCGCAAUCGUCACUGGAAGAUGCCGUGAUAAGGUUCGUAGAUUUGUGAAACUUCCUGGACUUUACUAUGCCGGUAGCCAUGGAAUGGACAUCAAAGGACCUUCCAAGAAAACCAAACAUAACAAGAACAACAAAGGUGUUCUUUUCCAAGCGGCGAAUGAGUUCUUGCCUAUGAUUGACCAGGUCUCAAAGUGUCUAGUUGAGAAAAUGAGAGACGUAGAAGGAGCAAGCGUCGAGAACAACAAGUUCUGCGUAUCCGUACAUUACCGUUGUGUCGAUCAAAAGGACUGGGGAUUAGUAGCGGAACACGUGACGUCGAUAUUGAGUGAGUAUCCAAAACUGAGGUUAACCCAAGGAAGAAAAGUUUUAGAGAUUCGACCAACCAUCAAAUGGGAUAAAGGAAUGAUGUGGCAGGAGAAGUACAAGAAGGAAGCUCUUUCACUCUUUGAGAGGAAGUUUAUAAAUUGA